CAACAUAUUGAACCCUCUAACUACUUUUUUGUUAUAUAAAAGAUGACCACUCUCACUGAACUUGAUAGAAGCAAUAUUCCAGAACUUGAAUCCACUGAAAAGUAUGCUGUUUUGGUCUAUUACAAGACUGGUGAUGCUGUUGUGGAAGAAAUUUCCUCCCUCUUGACUUCAACAGAUGAUUCAGUUCUUUUAAAUGCUAAUUGGUUCAAAUGUUGUGUUCACCCAGAAGAAAAUGUCAACUAUGUUGGUGCAUCAAUUGCUGCUGUUGUUGGUAUUGAUAUUGAAAAUUUGAAGGAAAAUGUUUUUGCAGUCAUGUUGGAAGAAAAGGGUAAAAAGUUUGGAAACACUGUUAAAUCACCACUCGAUAAGGAAGCUCUCAAGACUUGGUUGCAAUCUGUUCAAGAUGGAACUGCUACACCUUCCAUCAAGUCUGAAGAAAGACUUUCAAAUGAUGAAUUCCCAGACAAGAAGGGUCUUACCAAGCUUGUUGCUUCUGCUUUUGAUGAAAUUGUUAUGAAUCCUGCUAGAGAUGUCUUUGUUGAUAUCUAUGCUGAUUGGUGUGGACCUUGCCAAAUGAUUGCUCCACUCAUUGCAAAGGUUGCCAAAGUCCUUGCCGAUGAACCAAAUAUUGUCAUUUCCAAGAUGAAUUCUGACCUUAAUGACUAUUCUGAAAAACUCUUCCCAGAAGGUACUAUUCCAAACAUGAAAUUGUUCAAGGCUGGAGCUGAUUUGAAGGAACAUCCAAUUAAAUUCGAUGGCGAAAGAAGUGCUGCUGGUAUUUUGACUUGGUUGCACGAUAAUUGUGUCAACAAGUUUGACUUGGACAAGUAUCUCCCAAUCUGUCAAAAGUAUGACGACUUUUUCCCAACCAGACUUGAAGCUGAAUGCAGUGUCCAAGAAGCUAAGGAUGAUUUGGAAUUCAAGACCAAGUGUGACGAAGGAAAUGUUUCUGCUGUGGAAAAGAUUGUUUCCGAGUUGGAAUCAAGUAUUGAAGAAGAAGAUGUUGACAAGGUAACUAAAUUGAUGGAAAGUCUCCGUGUCAGUUCUGACAGAGAAGCCAUUAGAGUUGUUGCUGAUAAGGCUAGAUUGGGUGAUGUUGUCAAGAUUCACUCACAAGAAGAAUUUGACACUAACUUGAAGAGUGAAAAGUUGGUUGUUGUUGAUUUUACUGCACAAUGGUGUGGACCUUGCCAAUUUAUUGCUCCACUCUUUGCUUCUAUGAGUACAACUUAUCCUGAAGCAAUCUUUUUGAAGGUUGAUGUUGAUGAAUGCAAUGAAGUUGCUGCCAAGUGUGGUAUUCAAUGUAUGCCAACUUUCCAAAUCUACAAGAAUGGUGCCAAGAUUGAAGAAGUUCAAGGAGCUGAUCCAGAAACAUUAGAAGCUCUCAUUCAAAAGCACAAGUAAAUGAUCACUUUUUUUUAU